AUGGCUGGCUGGAUGCUGGGCUUCGAAAAGCCUGCUGCCGCCUGCGGCUUGCCAACAACCCCUCGUCCCAACGCUCCCGUCAAAGGUACGAGCAACGCCACCGACAAAGAGCUGCCUUCCUUGUUUGUUUACUUCUUCCCCUCCGCGUACCAAUCAUCGAGUCCCCGCCUCAACGUCAACUCAUACCGCCCGCUGCCCUUAAACAACACUCGACCACAUCGACGCAUCACAACACAACGUCCCGUUCACCCUCUUGUUGUUUCUCACCACAACCGCCGUCAGGAACGCUAUCCCAUUACCUCUUCAUCACCCAGCAUCCCCAUACUUCGGCUCUGCCCAUUCCAGUCAUCAGCAACCCAUACCGAAUUACCCUUCGAUUAUGACCCGAAUCGGCAUCUGACAGCACACAUCCCCGAGAGCCACCCAAGGAGAGAAAAGUCAAACAUUCAUUCUAGCAGACAAAAGUCUUUCUACCGCAUUUUCCCCUUUGUCAGAGUCUGCUUAACAUCGGAUUUUCUUUCGAGUAUUGAUCGCCAUUACCACCACGUACUGCGAUUGUCCCCCCCCAAAUGCGCUUGCGCAGUCACAACAACAUCACACAAAAUGGCGUCUUCUGAGGAUCCCGUACAUCCUUUGCGCAUUAGCAAAGGCAGCAGCACUCCGGGAUCUCCCCCUCCUACCAAGGCCAGCACUGGCAUCCCUCGCCCCCUUUCCGAGCUCUCUCCUUCAGACCUCAGGCGGAACUCACCGAGCUUCAAGCAGCCCUCCAAGAAAAUGACCCUCAACACCGACUCCUCUCCAUUCCAGUCGUCCCCACUAGAGACUACUACGUCUCCCAGACUGUUUUGGCAGAAGCGCAACCUGGACUCCAUCAGCACCGAGAACAGCGGAUUAUACGGUGGCGCACGUCACGGCUCGCCUUCGCCAACCCGACGCACUUCCAUCGAACGUCUCCAAAGAGCCUCUCGAGUCAAGAACAGCAACAUUCUCGCUCUCGAGCAGAAGCAGGAAUACGAUCCCACAAGAGUCCCCCAAAUUGAGCGUCCUCUCGCUAAGCAUUCCGGACCCUCAUAUGACGGAACGACAACAAUCAUCAAUGGCCUACGAUCUUCUGAUUCUCUGAACAGAGGCAUCGGCCACCAGCGCAACAACAGCAGCAGGUCGAGCAUCCCCAUCUUCAGCCCGACAACGAGCCCUACCAAGGGUUCUACACCAAUGCAAAUCAACCCUGCGAACCCGCCGCGCAGCCCGGGCAAGGACCAAGGGUCCCCUAUCAAGUCUUCCCUUUCGAGAAGCAACUUCAAGAGCAGCUUCGACCCCGAGACUGGCACCUGGUCGGCCGACACUUCUUUCGACGAUCGCGAGCUUCCUUCCGGAAAGUCGCUUCAUCGCCACGCCAAGAGCGUCACCUUUGACGCGGCUCCUCCUCAAAUCAACGAAUAUGAGAUGGCCACGCCGGACAUUUCUUCCAUAGGAUCCAACUCACGCGAGGGCAGCUUCGACUCCAUGGAUGACGAAGACGACGAGGACGGACACUACCACUUUGGAGAUCACGAUAUGGAGGGUGACAGUUUCGAUGCGUCGCUAGAGGAUACAGACAAGACUCCCGUCGUCGGUCCUGACGAUUGGAGACAGUCUGCUGAGCGUAUGGAGGAUCCCUUCGAUGGAAGCCCCAUGCCAGAUGCACUUCCACCUCGUAUCGGCCGCACAGAACACACUCGAUCUGACUCGUCAACUUCGGAUCACCGCCCCCUGCCUCCUCUUCCCGGCAUGGGCUCACCCGCCCGUGGUUCGCCCGCCUUCAGUGACUCCCGGUCUUCUCCUGGCCUGUCCGCGACAGCAGAGAGAAUGGUGGGCGCCCACCGUAGCUUGCCACCGCCCCCACCGGCAGCUGCCAGCAAGAACGAGAUCCAGAGCAUCGGCAACGGCAAGAUGACUCUCGAAGAGAGACUGAAGCUUAUGAUGCUUUCAGACGACCACAAGUCUGCCAACGAGCAGCAGAGAGAGCGUCGCCUUCGUCGCGGUGCUCAGCGUGAUAGAAUUCAGAGCCCCGCUUCCGAUACUGAGACAGCCGAGUCCAGCAUGCUUUCCGCUGAUGCAGAUGAGGCUGAUGAUACCAUUGGAGAUAUCUCUGCCCUCGAGGACUACGAGUUGCCUAGCCGUAUCUCCCGUGAGUCCAUCAUGCGUCGCGUCAAUGGUGGCGCCAAUGACCAAGGAGGUGACUACUUCUCCUCGCCUGCGCCUAGCUCCAGCCCCGAGCGACCCAGCCCUGAGCGUCUUCUGCCCCUGCCCCUUGACCCGGAUGUCCCAAUUCCUUCCACUGAAGACUCCAUCCUGGAUGACAUCUCCGAGCUUAGCGACGAGGGUAGUGUCAUUAUCCACAGAGAUGAGGCCUCUGAUGUCGACACCGAGUCAAUCACAGACUUCUACGCGCGGUCUGACAUUGACGAGAACGAUGCCGAUUCCGCUAGCCAUUACUCUGACGGACCGGCUCGCCAGCCCGAGGUCACUCAGGUCGACGAGGACAUCCUCACACCUCGUGCUGCUAGCCCCUUCCAGACAUUUGACUUGGCCUCAGAGAUAAGACCCCUGGAGCUCAAGUCCGACAAGGGUUUCAGCUCGCCCGAGCAACGCGCUGUCUCUCCGGCUGACCUCCCAGUCAGGGAGCUGACACCCGAGACAAAGGUUGAAGAGGAUAUCGAGCCUACAAGCGAGCCUCAGGAUGAGGUUGUUGAACAGCCUCAGCCCGAACCCGAGGUCGAGAAGGAGCCGUCGCCAGAGAUGACAGUCGAUGCACCUGUCGAUACUGCCUCUGAGCGCAAGCACAGCCUCCCCGAAUUCCACGACGAGGGCAGGGACAACGAGUUCUCCAAGGGCUUGCAGUCGUUCAUGCUUCCUCCGCCUCCGGAGCCGUCUGCCGAGGAAGUCGAGGAGCUUCAGCCCCCGCCAAAGAUGACGGAGCAUCAGGCUGAAAUGCAGCGCCCCGUGACCCCGAAGCAUCUCUCCAAGCCUGAUUACGACGGCUCCGGCUGGGGUGAUCCAGAGGAUGAAGAGUAUGAGGAGGAGCCCGGUACGCCCGAGUCUGUCAUUCAUCGACCCAUGUCCGAUUCUGAAUCAGAAGUCUUCGACGAGCUGCCCAUGGAAUCUCCUGCUAUUCCGGAGAGGCAGGCGACAAUCAAGGCAUCUGGAUCCAAGUUGAAGACCAGACCUUCCAACACACCCUCUGACAUCAUUGCCAUGAGGGAAGCCCGGCGCCAAGUUAGUCGCGAGGUGCCCGACAUUCCAGCCAUUCCUGAACGCCACCGCAACAGGCUGUCAAGGGAUCUGCAGGGAGAGCCAACUAUCCACGACGACGAAGAAUUCGUGGACCGCCGCUCGAGCUUCAAGAAGCGCAGUCUCACAUUGGAUCUUGACUUUGGCCUCAGCCUUGACCAAGAUUUUGAUCGUGUCAUUGAACAACAAAAGGUUGCUUUUUCUCAACUAGUCCCCAAAUCUCGCAUCGCAAGUGGCAGCACCAGCAGACAAGUGUCCAAGCCGACCGCGACCACGAAUAAAAUCAUUUCACCAGACAGGAAAGAGUCACAGAAUGCUAACCAGAAGAACCAGCGCGGAUACCUCAUGCGCCAGAACACCAAAGUUGUUACAGCGAGCGACAAAGAGUCUUCUGACAUGUGGAAGACCCGAUCUGCUGGCAACUCCCCCGUUAAGACAGACCGCCCUCAGUCAUGGACCGUCGAGCCCUGGAACGGUAGGCCCAGACAGAAGAGCAUCAGACGCCGCGCCAACACAAGUGGUCCUGUGCCGCCUAUGCCUGGCCAGGAGAGCAAUGCUCAAACUCUGAACCCCCUGGCUGAAGAGGACUUGAACCCGGAGCUUGCGACCGAGGAAAGCGGCGAACGUGGACGCCUCUUCGUCAAGGUUCUUGGAGUCAAGGAUCUCGACCUGCCCAUUCCCCGAAGUAUGUUCCACCCUCCCAAGCCUCAUCUCCAGAUUACUGACAAUUGUUUAGCUGAGCGUACCUGGUUCAGCCUGACGCUUGACAAUGGUGUCCAUUGUGUCACAACCGCCUGGCUUGAGCUUGCUCGCAACGCUCCCGUCGGCCAGGAGUUUGAACUUGUGGUUCCCAACGACCUGGAGUUCCAGCUGACCCUCAACGUGAAGCUGGAGAAGCCCGCGCCUGCCAAGAAGGUGAUCGUGCAGUCUCCUACUAAGGCUAGCAAGCCCAAGACGUCUACCUUUAGCAGGGUGUUCGCGUCUCCCAAGAAGCGGAAGGAGAUGGAGUUGCGCCAGCGCGAAGAGGAGGAGCGUGUAGCCGCUGAGCAGCAAAAGGCUGCUCAGGCCAGACAGAUGAAGGUCGCGCCUACCGCCUGGGACUUAUUGUCUCCACUCGCGGCUGAGGAUGGCAGCUUUGCUCGUUCGUACGUGUGCCUCAAAGAGCACGAGUCGCGCUGUUACGGUCGCCCCUACGUCGUUGACGUGGCUUGCUUCAACGAGUGGGCGACUGAAGAGGCUACCUUCGCCUCCAGCGUCAAGAGCAAGCGUGGUAAUACUGCUGUUGUCCGCCGCGCCCCCUACAAGAUUGGAAAGUUGGAGCUACAGUUGCUCUUUGUGCCCCGUCCCAAGGGAUCCACCGAGGAGGACAUGCCCAAGAGCAUGAACUCUUGUAUCCGAGAGCUUAAGGCUGCGGAGGAGCGCCUUGCUAAGAACUGGGAAGGUCACCUGAGCCAACAGGGUGGCGACUGCCCUUACUGGCGUCGACGAUACUUCAAGCUUGUUGGCCAGAAGCUCACGGCCUACCACGAGGCUACCCGUCAACCCCGAGCUACUAUCAACCUGGCUAAUGCCAAGAGGCUGAUUGACGACCGGCGUGCCCUGACGGAGCGAGAGACGACCGGCAAGGGCGGCAGACGUCGGCGAUCAGCCUUCGCCGAGGAAGAAGAAGGAUACAUGUUUGUCGAGGAGGGUUUCCGCAUCCGCUUCAACAACGGCGAGACCAUUGACUUCUACGCCGACACAGCCGAGGACAAGCAGGGCUGGCUGUUGGCUCUGACGGACCUCAUUGGUACCGGUCGCGGCGACAGCGAGGACGAUGUUGGUGGUUCUCGCAAGCAGGGCAAGUGGUGCGAGCUCAUCCUCAAGAGAGAGGAGGCGCUGCGACGGCGGCAAGAGGGCCGACGGGUGCACUCGCUAAUGGGGAGGCACGGCAUGAUCUAUGAUUCUCUUGGACCUGGAGUUCGUGAUCGGAUCAUCAUGUUGUCUUUGGUCCGCUGUUGCGAUGACUUUGAUAUCUGUUGCCUUGUCUACUUGGGUCAUAAUCCGAGGGCAAUUGAGUUCACCCUAGGUCCUGUGAAGGGAAGCCACGGGGGCGCAGCUGGCCGGGGGAGUUUCACCAAGGUAUCCAUCCGUACCGAAGGUAAUGUGCAGCGGCACGAAUUGCAGUGGGCUGGCAGCAGUAGCAGGCGGGCGGCAGCACCCACUUCCUAUCUUAUUACACCGAAUCCUCCCCUUUUGGAUCACCAAGAGAUCGCAGGUUACGUCGCUUUUCCCUACACAGCAUUGCAUAUCGUCUGCCUCUUUCUUUACCGACCCCUUACCCUCCUCCCUCCCGCCACCCGGGUCUUCCAAAACAUAAAUCAUCCUCAAUGGCGGGCCGCUUUGUGCGAGCGUCGAAAUAUCGUGGGACACGUCUUUGGCAAGCCGACCCGGAAGGAGUUCUGCUACGAUAAUCUUCACAUCAGCCGAAAUGCCUGGGAUACCAACUUGGUGAAGGCCAACCCCGACUACCUCUCCGUCAAUUGGGAUGCCGGCGGUGGCGGCGCUUUCGCUGUCAUCCCCCUUGGCGAGAAGGGAAAGGUGCCCGACCAGAUCCCGCUGUUUCGAGGCCAUACCGCCACCGUCUUGGAUACCGACUGGAACCCCUUCAACGACCGCGUGAUUGCUUCUGGAUCUGAGGAUGGAAAGGUCUUCCUCUGGCAGGUUCCCGAGAACUUCACCCUCUACACCGAUGCCGACGAGCCCGCCGAUGUCUCUCCCGUCAGCAAGCUCGCUGGCCACUCGAGAAAGGUCGGCCAGGUCCAGUUCAACCCCGCUGCGGAAAACAUUCUCGCGUCCGCAUCCGGCGACUUUACGAUCAAGCUCUGGGACAUCACCACCGGCUCGCCCACCCACACCCUGAAGCACAACGACAUCGUCCAGAGUCUGUCGUGGAACGCCAGCGGCUCCAUGUUGGUCACGACAUCUCGCGACAAGAAGAUCCGCGUGUGGGAUGUGCGCGCCGAGAAGCCGGUCCACGAGGCCCCAGGCCACCCGGGCGCCAAGAACAGCAGAGCUGUCUGGAUGGGCGAGCACAACCGUUUCGCCACGGCUGGUUUCUCGCGCAUGAGCGAGCGUCAGCUUGCGCUGUGGGAGCCUGGCCGCAGUGAGCCGAUUGGAGGUUUCAGCAUGCUGGACUCCAUCUCUGGUGUCAUCAUGCCUUUCUGGGAUGACGGAUCCAACUGCUUGUAUCUUGCUGGCAAGGGCGACGGCAACAUCCGAUACUACGAGUACGAGAACGACAAGUUCGAAUACCUGAGCGAGUACAAGUCCGCCGAGCCCCAAAGAGGCAUUGCUUUCGUUCCUCGUCGUGGCAUUAACGUGCACGAGAACGAGGUCAUGAGAGCCUACAAGACGGUCAACGAUAGCUACAUCGAGCCCAUCUCUUUCACCGUCCCCCGUAGAGCCGAAACCUUCCAGUCCGAUAUCUUCCCCCCUGCUACUGGCCUCAAGCCUGCCGUCAGCGCCAAGGAUUGGCUCGAUGGCAAGACUGGCAUUCCCUCCAAGAUCGACUUGGAGAGUGUGUACGAGGGUACCGCCCCGAAGGAGGUUGCCUCUGACUACAAGCCUCCCGUGAUCGCCUCGGCUCCUCCUCCAGCUGCAAAGCCUGCGCCAAAGCCCGCCCCCGCUCCGGAGCCUACUCCGGUGGCACGCUCACCCCCUCCCUCAAUGAAGGAGCAGCAGGCCUCCAUGUCCAACAUGGCCAACAAGUUCAAGGAUGACGAGCCUGCUGAGCCUGAGGAUGAGGACGACGACUCAAGCUUUGAGGAGGUACAAAGACCAGCUCAGCGCGCCGCGGCCCCUGCUGCAGCUCCUGCUCCUGUCCGUGCCGAGCCGGCUAAGAUUCCCUCGCCUAUCAAGGCCGCCUCCCCUGCUCAAGUCAAGUCGCCUCCCGCACAACAGUCCCCUGUCAAGCCCGCAUCUGCCAACUCACCUGCAUCCUCGACGCACAUUGAGUCAUCUCUGGAUCAGAUCAGACAGAUGCUUGAGCAGCAGACCAAGCUCAUUGGCAAGCAGAACGACAAGAUUAGCAAGUUGUCGGACGAAGUCGAGGGGCUGAAGCGCAAGGUGAACGCUGGCGGGUCUCAGGACCAGAGCGAGAGGAUCAGACAAUUGGAGCUGGAACUUGAGGCCGCGCGGUCUUAG